GCUCAACAUCCAAUCAGCGCGAGGCGGUUGUCUUAUAGCUGCUGUGUGCUCUUCACUUUUCACUCACUGCAAAGGCGACUGAUCCACUGAACUAUCAACAAGUAUGUUCCCAGACUUGGCAAGAGGGACAUUAAGUGAAUGGAGCCCUCUUCACAUCCUUCUUCUGCUUUUGGCUUCUAAUUAAAACUUGGCUGUAAAACAUUUUCCUCUCAAAUGUUUAAUUGCCUUUCAGAUGUUGAUGGACUCGUUUGGAUUCUCCCCAGGACACUUACAAUGACUUCAAACACCUGAAAAUUAUAAAUCACUACUCCACAUGUGCUCACAGGGCGUUAAUAAGGAAAAACUCCUGCUGUUGGAAUGACACCGCGACCUGUAAUGUUUAUUCAUUAAUUUUUCAGUAUGACUUGGAUUAACAAUGACUGCCCUUGAAGUGUAGAGCAUUCAGAAAGUAAGAAGCUGGACAUGACUUUCCCUGGAGGGGCUCAUGCGUCAAGGAAAGUCUUCAUCCCUUAUGGCUGUCCCCUUAUCUCGAGAUUUAUUUUAGCUGUGGUUUGUUUAAGUGCAAUGGGUUUUGCGUGUCCCAAGAGUUGCCACUGCUCCGAGAGGAAUGGUUUGACAGUAGUGCAGUGUUCCUCUCGCAACCUAGAAGAGAUUCCCUCCGACCUUCCUCACGAUACUGUGUCGCUUUUUCUGUCCUCCAAUCACAUCACCAAAAUCCCAAACCAGGCUUUUAAAAACCUUCCCUGGCUCCAAGAGCUGGACUUGUCAAGGAACGCCAUCGAAACCGUGGAUGCUGGGGCUUUUCAAGGUGUCUCGGAGAGCUUGCGGGCGCUUGAUUUGUCCCAUAAUCACAUGCAAAGCGUCCCUAAGGAGGCCUUCGCUCGGCUGCACGCCAAGAUCAGCUUGUCCAACAACCCGUGGCACUGUGAGUGCACACUUCAGGAGGUGUUGCGCGAACUCAGGCUGGAUCCCGAGACUGUGAACGAGGUGAGCUGCCACACCUCUGUUCAGGAAGAGUACGCGGGCAAGCCUGUCAUCCAAGUCUUGGAUUCGGGCAUAAACUUUUGUAACUUUCACCAUAAGACUACCGAUGUGGCCAUGUUUGUCACCAUGUUUGGUUGGUUCACGAUGGUUAUCGCUUAUGUCAUCUAUUACGUACGGCAUAACCAGGAAGAUGCUAGGAGGCAUCUGGAGUACCUCAAGUCCCUGCCAAGUAGCUCCCAAAUUAGUAAGGACUUUGACACAAUCAGCACUGUUCUCUAGCAUCAGUCAAUGCAGUGUAGGAGUGAAUGUGUUUGGCACAUUGAUGAUGGCACAACAGCAAGCCUUAUAAGGGAAAGUGGGGUAAGAUGUAUCAAUUACUGACAUUGUCCUCAAGUGGAAUCACUGAGAAACCCAUAUUUGUAUGCAUUUUAAAUACAUGUAUGAACUUAAAGGGGUAGUUGACCCAAUAAUGAAAGUUCUCAUUACUCACACUUAUGUCGUUCCAAACCUUUGUUCAUCUUCGGAAUGCAAAUUAAGAUAUUUUAAAUUAAAUUCAAGAGCUUUUUGACCCUGCUUAAACAGCAAUGGCCCAGAAAGGUAGUAAGGACAUCGUUAAAAUAGUCCAUGUGA